AUGUCGGCGGCGGACAACGUCGGCGGCAGCAUGGGCAGGUGCGAGAAGCUGGAUCGGGCGGCGAGCUGGGUGGGGACCAACGUCGCCACCGCCUUCUUCGCUUCCCUCGAGCGAUGCUCGUGCAUCCACCUGUCCACCGACGACGACGACGACGACAUGGACGAUGACGAGGAGGCUAAGGAUCGGCCGCUCAUGCUCACCAAACACCCUUCUUUCACCACCGACGCCCCCUCUCACCGCCACCAGCCACCCGCAGCCGAUGAUAAGGUCCCCCUGCCUCAGCAACUCACCGGCAAAUCUUAA